UGCAAGUUCUUCCUCACACACACACACACAGCAUCCCCGAGCCCCUCUACCGCCCGCGACUGGGUUGAUUUAAAAGUGAGCAGUAGCAGACGACAAGUAGUUCUUGUCACCGGGCAGUGACGGAGUGAGACAAGAGAGGACAUAAGGUCAUUAAUCAAAACUACAUCGAAGUGUCACUAGCAGCUGCCAUGUCAAUUCUCUUGCUGUCAGGAAGGAAGAAGGCCAUCACAGAGAAAAAGAAGGUUGUCAGAAAAGUUGGCAAACUUGCAGACGGUCAAGACCCAGUCGUCACAGCUUCAUGGAAAGUUACGUCUGGCGGGAAGAAGACUGCCAUUUCAUUUUCACGUGACAAUAUGAACGUUUAUGUAGAUGGUAAUCCUGUUGAAUGCACGGCCUAUGUAACAGAUAAAGGUUAUGACCUUGACCUUCUGUUCAAUUUGGGAGAAAAUAAAGGUCACAUCUACAGUGACGUAGAAGGCACAGACAUGACUAAUUACCUUUUCUUUGAUGACCAGCUGAUAGCCCAGGAAAAACAGAGCAACUUAAAGUCUAACCAUGUCCCCGGUGAACUUCCCUGAUGGCCUCAAAAGUCUGUAUUUUAAUAAAAUCACCUUUAGGGGGUGACAGUUAGCUUAAAAUUAACAAAUUGGGUAUGAAUGUUUAGUUCCAAAAGAUUAGUGAAUGUGUACACAGGGGGGACAAAUGUUACCAUGGCUACACAAAAUUGUUUACAAAAGAUGGCUUCAUUAUUUUUCAUUUGAAUUACAAAAAGAAAUAUUACAUUAAAAAAAAAAUCACUGUCUUGAUUUUGUAAACACUGCCUGUGAUUUCUUUUUCAUUAUGCUAAUGUACUGUAGGAUUUUUACUACACUCAUUUACUGAAAUCUAUUUUGUGCAUGUUUUUUUGUUGUUGUUUAUCGUAGCUUAUUCAUAAGUGUGUGGUUAUAAUCAUAAUUCCGUCCUUUUUUUUUUCUAGUCUCAAUGCAUAGAGUCAAUCAUUUUGCAUAAAACCAAAUAACUUUUUUUAACAAAUAAAACAUGAAUGUUAAAUAAUCAAUACAAA